GACGCCAUUCUACGCGCACAUGCGCAGAACGACAGGUGGUCGGCGACUCGAGCCAGCCGUCCCGACCGAACCUAUCGACUUCUCAUGCUCAUCAUCAGCCGCUUUCGUGCUCAAGCAAGAACGAUGUGCAGUGCUUUGUGUUGAAGUGCUCGUGGUGACAUGGCGUCUCUUUUAUAAGCGUUGUGGACAGUGUAAAAAGUUCAAAAUUGUGUUUAUUUACAAUGAGUGUGAAUUAUGAUCGUGUUUGUCGACUGUGCUUGUCAUCUCGAGGCGAAUUACUGCCGAUUUUUCCUACCACCAGUUCGGAUGACUCGGAACCUCCCGUUCUCGCUUCGAAAAUCAAGGAUUGCGUCUCUGUACAGAUAAGCGAGAAUGACGACCUGCCGACGAAUGUCUGCAGGAAAUGUGUGGAUAAUGUCAAUAACUGGCAUAUUUUCAAGACAGUAUGUGAAAGGACACAAAACAAAUUAGAGUUGCUGAUAAAAAAGGAUGGCAGCCAACUAGAAGAGAUAAAAAUAAAGAGUGAACCUGCUGAUGAGGCUUAUGAUGAUGGAGUGGUCAUUGAUGGGUCAUACCCUGACAAUGAGAAUGCAGCAGGUUCCAGUAAGGUGCAGCCAGAAGGUCCACCUAUCUUGGCGUCAUUGGGGCUCACUCCACGAAGUGAUAAGGGUAUCGAGAGUGAUAAAGAGGAAGAAGAGGAAGACGACGAGGAGGAGAUGAGGGAACCUCCACAGAAGUAUACCAAAGUGCCCAACAUGCCUGAGGUAUCCAUCACGGUAAUGCGGCCCACCGGCGAGACCCUGCAUGCAAGGCAAGGCAUCCAGCAGCUCGCCUCCAAGGACUGCCUCGUCUGCGGCCGCUCAUACAGGUACUCCCACAACGCGCGCCGUCACGAACUCACGUCACACAGCUUCGAUAGGUACACCAACAAAGUCGUCAACAAAAAACAACCCUCCCACAUGCAACCGAAACUAAGACCAAACCCGUUCAACCCCAAAGCCCGCCUCAUGCCAAACCCCAUCAGCCACAAAAUGCAACUCCUCAAACAACCGAUGCCUUCGAAAGUAGCACCACACAAAGUUAUCACUCCACCGAAACCGAUACUUAUUAAAACGCCUAAAGGAGCUCAAAAUAAUCUGCCGUAUCCUCUGCGCAUCAAAGCGCUUAAAGAUUUGCAAAUAAAGAAAAAGGAACCGCAAAUUUUGAAGACCCUCCUAACGUCCAAACCAGAAGUUCUCGUGUCCGAACCUGAAAUUGUUAACUCGGGCCCAGAAAGUCCCGAAACGUUGAUUUCCGAACCAGAAAUUGCAUCUUUCCAAGUGGAAACCAUUUUGUCAGAGCCGGAUGGAUUCGACCACCAGGGUGAUGGUGAUGAAGAAAUGGACGGCGACAUGACUAACAACCAAGGUCAAAACUAUGACACGGUCGACAUGGAAUCGGACAACGAAAUAGAGAUAGCGCGUGAGCAGGAGAAUGAAGGAGAAGUUGAAGGUGAAGACGAUGAUAAUAAUGCCGAAGAUGGAGAAGAACAUAACCAAAAUGAUGAAGAAAUUAAUCACUAUGAGCAAAAUAGUGAAAACGAGAAAGAUCCAGCAGAAGAAAAUGAACCAGAACACAGUGAAGAGCAUAUCGGCAUCGAUGAAAGUGACCUCCAAGCUGCAGAGGAAAAUCAAGAAAAAGAAGAUGGAAUCGAGGACGGUGAUAAUGAUCAUGAAAUGAAUCACGAUGAGAUUAGGGAUGAAGAUGACGAUGAUCUCCCUCCGAUGGAAAUAGCACCAGAAGUAGAAAUAAAUGAGGAUAUGCAAACAAAUUCCUACAACAGUGAAGUUAAUGAGGAGGAGGAGGAGGAACUUGAAGAAUCUGCUGAUCUAAAUGACACAGCAGAAGAAGGCGUCAAAGAACUGGAUCCUGACAAGUUGUACGUCACUAAAACACAAAGAGAUUUCAUUCUCAAAUAUCGCGACAUCAUCCAACAAAUCAAUACAAAACGGUGUCUAUGUUGUGAUCGUGAGCAUCCCCGGAGAAAGGCGGUCAUCCAACAUUUGCAAAAGAAUGGACACAAAGUUCCUAAACACACCUGCUACAACUGUGUUAUAACCUUCGGACACAUUGGCGCCCUGCUCAGCCACAUGAGGUCCAACAGUUGCACAGAUUUAUGGAAAAUAAUCUACAACGAAAAUGGAAUAACUGACGACCUAGUAUUGGAAGAGCCAAAGGAUAAUAAAGUCCAGUAUAAGGACAUCUUUAACGCAAGAUCUUAUGCUUGCAAAUUAUGUCCAGCCAAGUUCCAAUUAAAGCAGUUCAUAAUGAAACAUGUUUUGGAUGUUCAUGAAGAUGGCCAGUCUAGGGUGCCCCUCCACUGCGUUCAUUGUAGAGCACGAUUCAAAGAUAAAAGUCUUAUCAAAAAACAUAUCCGUAACGGUGAAUGCACAGUCAUAAUAUCAUGUGAUUUGUGUUCUGAAAAGUUUGUCAAUAUGCAAGAUUUCAAUGAUCACGCUUUGGCCGUUCAUGCCGGAAGCUUUGACUCUGAUAGUCAAAAUAAGUGUGUUGAUGGACGACCCACAGAUUGUUCGCUUUGUGGAAAAAAGAAUAGUAGCUAUCCAAAUUUGAUAAAACAUUUAAAGAUGGUUCACAACGAGGAUAAACCACAUUAUUGUCAACACUGUGAUGGCAAAUUUGAACAAGCUACUGAUCUUAACAAACAUAUUUACACUGAGCAUUCUGAUAGGACCUUGGGUAUGCAAAGCACCGAACCUGAUAUGUCCUUGGUCAAGGAAGAAGCUGAGGAAUAUCAUUAUUCGUGUACUGAGUGUAAUGCCAUAUUCGAAACCGUUGACGCUUGGACGGAUCACCAGGUCGCUGAACAUAAUCAAGUCGCUCAUCAUUGCGACCAGUGUGACAAGAAGUUCUUACGUCCAUCUGAGCUCGCCGAGCAUAAGAACACCCAUCUGCGUGUCAAAUUUUAUCCUUGCAGCGUUUGUACAAAUUCCUACAGUACUCCACAAAAACUUUCAGAACACGUUCAACAAGCUCACCCAGGCGCUGGGUCAUUCCCGACGAUGGAUUCAGAGUUCUAUUGUGACAUAUGCAUACGAUCAUUCAAAAGUCGUCAAGCAUAUUCUAAUCACAUGCGCAUUCAUGCUAAAGUGCCCACGACCAAUAGAAAACCCGGAGAACCAAAGGGUUUUGCUCCACAAAUCAUUGGCAAACCAAUCAAAUCGUUUACUGCCGUACAACCUGGUUUUGUAGCCUUCAAACCAAAUUGCAAUGUUCCUAAUGCUCCUUACUGUUGUGAUAUAUGCGGCAAAGGAUUUAUGCACAAGAAGAACAUUUGGAAACACAAGAAAGUGCUUCACGCUGACCUCAUCAACGAUAGGAAUGACAGUGAAGAAAAUACCAUGCAAGCGUCCACAGAAGACGAUGAAUAUAAUGCAGAUGAAAGUGGAGCCAUUCUGUCGACGCCACAGUUUAAUAGUUUCAACUUCACGAACUUUGCCAAUAACGUUCAACAAUCGACGCCUCAGGGUCAAGAUCUGCUGCCAUUCUCGUGUGAACUUUGUUUCAAACGGUUUCCUCUUCGAACCAGUUUGUGGAAGCACAAGCGAGCCAAACAUGGAAUAUCUGGAUCUGAUAACCAGCAGCCAAGCGAAGCUGGUAGCAGAUCUAGUUGCACGAUUUGUAAAAUUACCUUUUCAGAUAAGAAGUCAUACUACCGUCACAGGAAGAAUGUUCACAAAUCGUCAUCCCAGAUGUGUAAGAUCUGCGGCAAGCCACUGAAUUCGACAUUGGAGCUGUAUGAACAUCUCAAAGCUGCUCACGCACGCGAACUAUUAGGCUAUAAUGCGAACCAAGGCAAUAAUAGCAAGAUGCAGGAUAACGAGCAAGAAUUAGAUGCAGAUUACGAAAAUGAUCAAGACUCGGCGGACCCGAGUGUAGAAUAUCAAGCUAGAUAUCCUUGCGACACAUGCGGCAAACAGUUCGUGGGAAUGCUUGCGUUACAAAACCACCAGUGUAUCAAUCAGGUCCCUUCCCAACCGCAAACCUUCGACUGCGAAAUCUGUCAUAAGAGUUACACAUCGAUCGCGGCGCUCAAGAGCCACCGAGGCUGGCAUCUGCGUUCGCCGGACGGCAAAGCGGCCGCCAACAACACCGGGCUUUGGAUGCCUCAGCACAAAGUGACCAGCAAGGUCAGCAAACACGAGGUCGUCGAUCCGGUCCAACUCGCCCGCGUGUCGCACUCGUCGCCCGCCGCCGCCGUCGCCGCCAAGCGAAGGUUACCACCGGAGGUCGAAGUGACGGUCGUAAACCCAAACAAAAAGUUGCGGUCGGAUGACUCCGUAGAAAUGGAUCAGAACAUGUCCGGCGGCGUCGAAGACAGAUACUGCACGAUAUGCGACAAAGAGUUCACGAAGCGCGCCGCGUACCUUCGCCACAUGGAUGAGGUGCAUCAACCCAACUCGGUGUUCUGUCCCGUCUGUGAGAAGAGUUUCACGCGGAAGUCGACUUUGCUGGUUCAUAUGAAGAAGCAUUACGAAGGCGGCGAGGGUAGCUCGUCCGGGGCGGUUCAAGAAGAGGAGGAGAAUCACGCGUGUGAUUUAUGCGGAGCUCAGUUUGACAGCGAGAAGGCGUUGAAGGCCCACCUGACGAGGCACCACGGGGAAGAUUCGGGGGAGUCGGAUGACGACGGUAGCGUGCCGGUGUCGCAGCCGGGCGAGUUCACUUGCGGCCAGUGCGGCGACGGCGUGGCCACCCCGCGAGACUUGAUCGCGCACCGCACGAUGCACGCGACGCCCACCAAAUUCGUCUGCAACAUCUGCAAAGUCUACUUCGCCCGAGCCCUCGACCUGUCUUCUCACACUCGUGCGAGGCACGCGGACAACGAGAAGGUGUACUUCCCCUGUGCCAUGUGUGACCGUUUCUACAUGAACAAGAAGAGUCUGCAGCGACACAUCGAGAUGGCUCAUUGAGCGGUCUCUCAUGAUUGGUAAACAUUCUGGAAAUGAUAAAGCAGAGCUUUGUUAGUUUCACGAGUUUACUUCGCGUCGCAUUAGUGUAGGCGUCCAGAGACAAGUGAAUUAUAUUCAUUGUAAAUUGAUCUUUGGAUCGGACACUGUCGUAUGUGUGAUGAUAUUGCUAAGUUAUUGAGAUGUCAUUCCUUGACUAUUGUUGGUUUUCGUAAUAAUAAAUUAAUUAAUAUAGGGAUUCUUAUUUCUCUUUCUUAUUAUUCUUGUCGUGUUAAGUCUCUGCUCACUCUAUUGUGUUAUUUAUUGUAUUGUGAAUACGAAGACUUGGGAUUUGGAUCGUUAGUAGUUUAUGAAGCAUGCAUUACUUUUCUUCUAUGAUUGUAUGUAGUACUUAUAAUUAUUAAUUUUGCAAUUAUGUUUAUUAACAAUCGGCAAAAUCUUAAAUGUUUUUUAUUGGAAUCUUGGGCCAAAAUUUUGAAACGUAGUCACCAAAAUCAGUCAAUAACCAGUGUGUUAGAAUUUAAUUAAGGUUCGUUUUACAUGUAAUUUUCUAAAAUCUAUUUUUGUGAGAUCUAAUCGAUCUUGGUGAAUAAAUAUUUAAUUUUUAAAUGAUGAUACUUUUAGUUUUUAAAUGUAAAUAUUUUUUCUAUAACGUCAAUGUAAUUUAGGGGUUAGACUAGAAUAUUGACUUGGAUUGAAAAUGGAACGGUCGUUUAAGUUUUUAAAAUGUACUGAUUAUUUUUAGUAAUUACAAGUGUAUAUUUUAUACAAAGUAAAUAACCACUUAGGGCAUGUCUCCUCAUCUAUGGUGAGAUGAUGAAUUGUAUACUAACAACAUACCGUGGUAUGAUUUUUAAAUAUGGAUGAUAAGCAUUGGCCUAAAUAUUCAAGUACUUGUGAUUAUUUUUGCACUCACAUUCUGAAUAUUAGUUUAUUUUACUAUCUGCAUGCUGUUUAUAAAACGCACAUUCAACUGUAUCUAUCCAUGACCAGUGCCAAAAUAGCUUGUUUGUUUUGACUCCAUAGAAGUAUAUUAAUGUAAGUAUAAAAAGACGUAUUUAUAAAGAUGUUCCUCUAAAGAUGUAAAUUGUUUACGAAAAUACUUGAUUGCUUUAAUACUACGAUGCAUUUAAUAAGUUAUAAUACGGAAUAUUCUACGGUCGCCAACAGAUUUUCUUAAUGGAUUUUGAAUUUUAUGUGUUUAGUGUAAGGUUCAAAAUCAGUUCUUGUAAUAUGACGUACAUGGAUAUAAAUAAAUGCCUGCUCAUCGAUUUUAAUUCACGAAUAGUUUAAAAAUUAUGCUACGAAUGUAGUCUUGAUAUUUGGCGAAGCCGUUAGAUUUAAAUUUUUUAAAAUCAUAAAUAUUGUCAAUUCCAAAUCAAAUUUCGCAGUACACUUUUAAGAAAUCAUUUAUCAGAUUGUUCUAGAAAUAUUGUUAUAUCUAGAGAAAAGUUUGAAAUUACACAUAUUAUUUGUAAUUUUUGUAUUGGUUCCGUGUGAAGUUUCGGACUAAUGUGUUCUAUUAUUACGGAAAAUGUCCAUAGAUGAGGUUUAAUUUUGUCAUCUUGUGGUUUGAUAAAUAAAGUGACUUAAUUAUUAA